UCGUCUCGGACACGCUUCUACAGCGGACUGUGGGUCUCAUCGUCUCCCUCCCUGAGAACACACCCCUCUGUCUUCACUCACACCAUUCUUUCUCCAUUUCAAGUUGGGGUUUCCUCCAUUACCAGGUAGUCUGCAUAUUGAUCAGACUCAUUUCAUCCAUGGAAACCUACACCUCUCCUAUCAAGUUGAAGCUCAUGAUAGACCCGCUGCGUCAAAAGGUUUUGUUUGCUGAAGUGGGCAAGGAUUUUGUGGAUUUUCUAUUCACUCUUCUGCCUUUGCCUAUUGGCACAAUCAUUGGCUUACUCAAAGAAGAACAUGGAAUGGUUGGUUGCUUAGGAAAACUCUACAACAGUGUUGAAAAUCUCAGUAGCACAUACUUGCUAAACCCUGAUCUUGACAGAGAUGUACUGCUAAAUCCUAUGUCACCAGUUGAUACUGCUGAUAUUUUGAACUUGUUGACCCAAGAGGAAGGUACUGAUGAUGAAUCCAGUCACGAUGAAUGGAAUGAUGACAAUGAAUCAAGCGACAAGCAAUCAAGUGAUGACAAUGAAUCAAAUGCUAAUAGUGACUUCUAUAUAUGUGUGUCCUGUUUGAGCAAGAGCAAUGCCAAAGAACGGGUAUACUAUGUCACGGAUAACUCUAAAUCCAUUUGUCCAGGGUGCAAAGCAAUAAUGUCGACCCCAGCGACUUAUGUUGCUCCACCGCUUACUGAGGAUGAAAUAUCAUUCCGCGAGGGAUCGUAUGUGAAAGAUGUUGUUACUUAUAUUGUAAUGGAUGAUUUGGAAGUGAGGCCCAUGUCUGCCACUUUGAUUAUGGCUAUGUUAAAAAAAUUCAAUGUUAAGGAUGUCAGUAGCCUUAUAGAGAAGGUGGUUCAUCUUGGCAACGAAGAGGGUCUGAAGUUGCUUAAGGCGUCCCUGCAGUCAGAGUCAGCUCUCAGCACUGCCUUCCUUGUAGGGAAAGAAGCAUGAGCAUUUCAACAACCGUGCUCCUGAAUUGACAUUCUGAAUCAAAAUGGUCAUUAUCAGAUCCUAGCUUGGUUUUGCACUUUUGCUUGUAGUGGGAUUAACUUUGCUUUGCACUUCUUAAGUUUAGUAUUUUUCAAAAGUGUGUCUGCGUAGAUGAAACAUAUGGUUACUGGAAGUUAAUUUGGGAUUUUUUAGAUUUUUUAUGCUUUGCUUGGAGGAGGUGCCUAGUGAUCGAUCUUUUGUUAAUUUAAGUCACUCAUGUUGACAAUUUUAUCACCUAC